GGCACAGCGCUCUCUCUCUCUCUCUCUCUCGCUCUCUCUCUCUAACUCUCUCUAGACACCGGAGCUAAUUGGCGGCGGCGGCCGAGGAUCACGACUCGCCGAUUCCCCCGAGUCAACUCUGUCAGUGAGGUUUCAACUCUCUUCCUUCUCGUGCUGCUCUAAUGGUUCACAGGAUGGAUUCGUGUCACAAGGUGAAGGUGAAGGCGGAAGGAGACGACGCGGCGGCGCUAGAGCUGUUCGGUCCCGCCGACAAGCGGCCCAGGCUCUCCGGUGACGGCGCUCCGCAGAUUGACUUGGAGAGCUUGGUGACGGAGUACAAUCCGCUGAACGAGCCGAGCCCGCUGGGUUUGCGCCUCAAAAAGAGCCCUUCCCUCUUGGAGUUGAUCCAAAUGAGGCUCUCCCGGGAGCAAAAGCCCAAGCCGUCAUCUUUAGGCGCCAAGUCUCAAAAGACAAGCUCUACCGAUAAGCUGAAGGCCUCGAACUUCCCUGCUUCACUCCUGAAAAUCGGGAGUUGGGAGUAUAAGUCGAAAUACGAAGGGGAUCUGGUGGGGAAAUGCUACUUUGCGAAGCACAAGCUUGUGUGGGAAGUUCUUGACGGUGCCCUGAAGAACAAGAUUGAAAUUCAGUGGUCAGAUAUCGUGGCGAUCAAGGCGAACUAUGCAGUCGAUGCAACAGACACUCUUGAAGUAGUGCUGGCAAGGCAGCCCCUUUUCUUCAGGGAGACAAAUCCGCAGCCUCGAAAGCACACAUUAUGGCAGCCUACAUCAGAUUUUACAAGUGGUCAGGCAAGCGUACACAGGCGCCAUCUUUUGCAUUGCCCGCAAGGUUUACUCGGGAGGCACUUCGAGAAGCUUAUUCAGUGCGACCCCCGGCUUAACUUCCUGAGCCAACAGCCUGAGAAAGUUCUGGAAUCUCUGUACUUCGAGCCAAAAAUUUCAAUGUUCCAUGAACAUAGUGAACCGAACCGUAGAUUUGGCUUGAGUGGCGAGGAGGGGUCUUCUUUCUUUACAAUUCCAGGAACCGCAACUCAAAGUGGAACUCAAUCAUCUUCAUCGAAGAAUGAAUCUCAAGAGCUUCUAAGCACAGGUCCUGAUAAUUAUUCAUCUUCCCCCAGCUCAGUGAUGGACACAGGUACCAUUGAAGAAGUAGGAAGCAAUAUACCCAAGGAGCAGAGCUUACUCAGUCAGUGGGGUCAAGUCAAAGUUCCUGGAAUUCACCCCUCGAUGUCAAUGAGCGAUUUGGUCACCCAUCUGGGCCACUGCAUCUCAGAGCAAAAGGGUUUUGCAGAUUCCUUGUUUCCGGGUGACGAGCAGCUGAACCGAGAUGUCCUCGAGGAAUUGACUCGAUACCUGUUGAAUGACUCGACUAUUCCGGGUACCACAGAUGAGCAGUCUCUCAUGUCAAGAGUUAAUUCCCUCUGCAACCUUCUCCAGAAGGAUGCUGCAACCAGAGCUGAUACUUAUGUGGCCAAUGACAGAGUCUUCACAAAAGUAUGGAAAAGUGAUGCCGGGGUAGGCCCUUCUGAUCCAGGGGCAGAGUUGAGUGGUGGUCCUGCAACUGCAAGGGCCAUGACGAGGAAGGACUCUGUCGGGGAGUUGCUGCUUAAUCUCCCAAGAAUAGCUUCCCUCCCGCAUAUUCUGCCAGCCGUACCAGAAGACUCUUCCAAUGGGAGAUAGCGUCGAAGUGCAUCAACUCCAUAAGGCGAGCAGUUCAAAGAUUCUGAAAUUUACAUUGAUGAAGAAUCUGGAACUGCUCCUGUUAAAUUAUGACCCUCCAAGUUCGCGUUGCGGCAUUUUCUUGUACUAGGUUGUGCAUGACUUUCUUGUACUAGGUUGUGCAUGACGAGAAAAGUUGUCUGGGUUGUGAACCUUAGGAACCUUGUUUAGUUCUCAAAAUUGCAACGUUCUCUUAGAUUUGGAUGAUGUUUGUUAUCUCUCGAGAAAUGAGAGGAUAUCUUCAGUUCUUUCUUGAGGGCAUCCGUACUAUGAUUUAUGGUUGCGCAAUCAGUACCAAAAAGAGGGAACAUCUCGAUUCCAUUC